UUACACUAGUACUUGUCACACAUUAUUAGCCAGUGAUAAUAUGAUUAGAAACUUUGUUCACUUUCAAGAAAUGGAGUACAUUACCCACAAGCUUUUCUAUGUUGUCUUGCUUUGCCUCUUGUUCCUAAGCCCUCCUUUUGUUUCCUCUCAGCUCAAUUAUAAGUUCUAUGAUUCCUCUUGUCCCAACUUGAGCAAGAUUGUUCAACAAGGCGUUCGGUCUGCUAUUGCAAAUGAUUCUAGGAUUGCAGCCUCACUCUUGCGGCUUCACUUCCAUGAUUGCUUUGUUAAUGGAUGUGACGCAUCUAUACUUCUUGACGAUACUAGCACUCUUAAGGGGGAGAAAAAUGCUUUGCCCAACAAAGAUUCAGUCAGAGGCUAUGAAGUGAUUGACAAAAUCAAGUUAGCACUGGAGGAAGCUUGCCCAUGCACUGUUUCCUGUACUGACAUACUCACUCUUGCUGCAACCUCAGCUGUUUAUUUUAGCGGAGGGCCAUAUUGGCCUGUAGCACUGGGUCGCCGAGAUGGCACAACAGCAAGUGAAGAUGCAGCUAAUGACGACUUGCCAUCACCUUUUGAGCCCUUGGAAAACAUCACUGCAAAGUUUGCAGCAAAAGGCCUUAAUUUAAGGGAUGUUGUUGUCCUCUCAGGUGCACACACCAUAGGCUUUGCUCAGUGCUUCACAUUCAAGACAAGACUGUUCAACUUUAGUGACUCGGGCAAGCCUGACCCGGUAUUAGACACAUCACUUCUAACAAAACUACAAAACGUGUGCCCAAAUCAAGCUGAUUCUGAUACCAAAUUGGCUCCACUUGAUCCUGUCACUUCCAACAGGUUUGAUAACGUUUACUUCAAAAGACUGGUGAACAAAUCUGGGCUUCUACAGUCAGACCAGGUCCUUAUGGGGGACAGUACAACUGCUUCAAUGGUCAUCAGCUAUAGCAGAUUUCCAAAUCUGUUCAACAAGGACUUUGGAGCAUCAAUGGUGAAGAUGGCAAAUAUAGGUGUGCUUACUGGACAAAAUGGACAAAUUAGGAAGAAUUGUUGGGUGGUGAAUUAGAAUAAUUAUAUUAGUGUGGUUGUAAGAUGAAGCUGGAAGAGUAGUAUCAUGCAUUUCACUUUCAAAUUGUUUUCGGAUAUUGCUCCAGAACUAAUUCUCAAUUUCAAACAAGUGAGAACUUUUUCAUACUGCUCGAGGAGUGACUCUCGAAUUCAAUGUUGAAAAAGUUUUGGAGUUCAAAUCUCAUCUCCUUAUUCUUUGUUGGGAAUUAAACAAACUCCCAUUUAGACCUGGGAUUUUCAAACCGGGAACCGGUGGAACCAGCCCGGACCGCACCGAAAUCUCCGUUUCGAUUCGGUGUCUAGUUCUGGAAGAGGUG